CCUGGGGUUUGGCUCUGCUGGAAAUGCAUUUUGUCUGUAUUUUUAGUUAGACAGACCAAAGGCUCUCAAAUGAUCUGAAAUAGGUAUAGGCCUAUUCAUAUGGACAUUCAGAUACAUUUCAUAUUGUUUUACAUAGACUCGACAAAAUUUGAAAUGGCCGGUUUAAGGAUAGUCCACAUUUCUCUGAUCUUGGUUUUAAACCAACAGGUCGUUUCUUACGUUCCUCCUCCCGUCAACGUGAGCCUCAUCUGCCACAAUUUUCACAAUGUGAUCUAUUGGAACUACAGUGAACCAUCUCUGCAGCCACAGUUCAAUGUGGAAAUGACAAGAAAAUAUUCUGGUGCUGCCUUGGUUUGUUCAAACACUUCCCUCUACCACUGCGAUGUCUCCUCAUUUACCAAAGUAAUAGAAGAGGGCUACCGUUUCAUAUUGACUGCUGUUGUUGGACAGAAUACAAAUUCCUCCGAAAUUUCAUUCACCUAUGACGAUACAGUGUAUCCAGACCUGGUGGAUGUACAGUGCUCAUUGGAUUUCCCACCUGUCAACAUCUCUGCUGUAUCCGAUCAACUUAUCAAAGUUCAAUUCAUUCACCCGUUUCACAUCUACAAAAAUGCCAUCAUGAAAGAUGAAAGACUGGAUCAUAAGGAAUUUGAUUACAUGGUUAUCACAGAAUAUCACUUGAAACAACACAGCUUUACCUGCUCCUACAAGCAACACCAUGUGUGUGAGGUUGAAAUACCAGUCGAUGGAGAGAUGGAUAGGCACUGCAUCAAGAUCAAAGGAAAAAUAAACAAUGUUCAUGUCUCAGCUCACCAGAACAUAUGCAUUGAGGGGAAGCAUGGGGAUUCCGGUCCUAGCUACACUGCCCUCUACAUUGUGAUCCCUAUCGUUGCCAUGGUGGUGAUUGCAUUCAUCGUGUGGCUGAUAUACAGUAAACUGACAAGUGGCUCAUUCCCUCAACCAAAGAUUUUGGCUUCCAUACUGUCACAUAUGGGUUCAGUUAGGUCACUUAUGCUCCCUGAGAGAACCAUCCUGAGUGAGGUACAAACAGGUGGCUCCCCCCUGCUGCAGACCCCCAUGGAAUCUUUGCCAGAUGAUGCCCUCACAGUCAUCAGUACCCCCCAGGAAGAGGUCCUCCGCCUCCCUAUUGGACUGAAGGACCAGGAGUGGAGCGGUGGGGAGGUCAUGUUGCCUAACGAGGGGUCAGGCUCUUCACUGGCGGUAACGAGAAAGUUGGGACUAGAGGGGAAGAGUGACUUCUCUGAGCCGUCUGACUAUGACUGCCCCCAUAGACCUGGGAUCAUUCCUGUGAUAGAGGAGAUGAGUCCUGGGGACAAUGUUACAGGAUACAAAAUCUGAGUUUCUCAAGAGAAAGGAUGAUAAUGUAUUUAAACAGGGAAAUCCCAUUGAGGGCGCCCUCCACGCAAUCAUACAAAUAUACAAUUAUACAAUACAAAUAUACAUUUCCAAUGCUAUAAAAACACUAUUUACAAGCAAUUUUAGAAAAGUAACUGACAAAACACAAUCAUGAAAAACAAACACAUUUGUCUUUGCACAUGCUCAGCUACCAAUCAUUUCCCUGUUCCUCUCACUAUUUGGGUAGUCUAUUGUGGAGACAAAGAGGAUAAUCAAAGGGAAAGCCUUCAUUAUGUUGUUUCCAAUUCAUCACUUGGGACUGUUGCCUAAUCAGGGAAACCAGGGAUAGACAAUGUGAAACCCAAGUGGUACACAGUGGUAUUGCAUGCUAGGAACUAGUGUCAAAAAGAAAUGUCCUCAUUCCUGACCUGCAUGCCCCAUUGUAAUGUAAUAUAUACUUUUCUUUUCCCCUAUUAUUUCCCAAUAUACAAUAAAUAAACUCAGCAAAAAAAG